AUGGAGCCGAGUCAGAGUUGCGGAAAGGUCAGCAGAACAAAUUUUCGAAGCAGCAGCCGCGUUUGGACGUUUGGAGCGCAGAUGUCGGAGCAGGGUCCACGGGACUUAGUAAGAGAAGUGGAUCCUAAUGAGCAAUUGGAUGAAGAUGUGGAGGAGAUGCUGCUGCAGAUUGCUGAUGAUUUUAUUGAGAGUGUGGUGACAGCUGCCUGCCAGCUUGCUCAGCAUCGCAAGUCCAGCACCCUGGAGGUGAAAGAUGUCCAGCUACAUCUAGAACGCCAGUGGAACAUGUGGAUCCCAGGGUUUGGCUCUGAAGAAAUCUGA